AUGGAGGUGUCGCUGGCCAUGGCGGCCGACAUUAUCACGCCCCCCGGAAUCCCGGCCCCGUACGGCCGUGCCUGUGCCAACUGCUCGCGGGCCAAGUGCCGCUGCAUCUACCGCACCGACAGCUCUGACUGUGAACGCUGCCACCGACUGAAAAAGGACUGCCGGCCGUCGAUUCCCGUGCGGCGCAAGGCGGCCUCGUCGGGGGCGGCCAAACGGUCGUCGUCGUCGACGCUGUCGCGCACGGCACAGCUGGAGCAGAAACUGGACGGGCUUGUGUCCCUGCUGACCGCACAGAACAGCAGCCGUGCCAAAGCGGCCGCCGACGCCAGUGCCCGGAGAGGCAGCGUCCAGAGCGUGGAAGGCAGCCAAGCCAGCCCCGAGAGCAUCGCCUACAGCACCAGCAAUCAGAACAGCGGCGCAGCUUCUGCGGAACCAAGGCGCGUCUACACGAUACCUAGCGGCAUUCCGUCCACAGAACCCGACGAGUUCCGGCCGUUGGGUGCCGGUGGACCAGACUUUGGCGCAGGCAUCGUGCCACGACACCAAGGCAGGCCCCCCGCGCUGCAGGGCGGCCCGUCGUCGUCGACUGCACCAACGACAGAGACAAGGGCGUCGUCCGUUUCGAUUCACGGCGGAGACGCGUCAUAUGAAGAUCGGACAUGCAGCACUCUCGCUGCCAAGUGUGCAGGGGGGCAUUUGCCACGCACGCCCGAGUCCUCGGCGUCGUCAACAACGUCUACUCGCGGAUACCAGCAGCAGAAGAGGACCCUACCAGAGGACAGCCGACAGGCACCACUAUCACAACAACCACAACGGCCACAGCAGCAGCCACAGUCACAGGCAGAGGCACAGGCCCAUCCGACAACGGGCUCACAUACAAUUGGGUGGAGCUUUGGCUGUUUUAACGACGCAGCGCGGCCACGCGAGAUACCUACCAACGCAAAGGAGGACGACGGGAGCCUCCCGGCGCGAGACACCCUCAAUCUCGACGCCUCCCUCGAGCCGACCGCCGCCGAGGCCGAACAGAGCCUUGUCACGUUCCGCACAACCAUGCUUCCCUACUUCCCGUUUGUGCACCUGUCGCCCGAUCUGACGGCAGCGCAGCUCCGGCGGACACGGCCUGUACUGUGGCUCGCCAUCCUGUCGAUUACGUGCCAGCGCGUGCCGACGCACACCCAACUCGGCCGCAGCACCCACCUGCGCGCGCUGUUUGCGCACCGCAUCGUGUUUGAGAGCGACAAGAGCCUCGACUUGCUGCAGGGCCUGCUGGCGUUCAUGACAUGGGUGCACUAUACAUCGAAGCGCGACCGGCCCACGCUGUCGGUCAUGUCGCAGCUGGCCGUGUCCCUGGUGUACGAUCUGGGGCUGCACAAGCAAGCCAGCCCCUGCAAGUCGCUCAUUGCGCGGCUGGUGCGCGACCACUACCAACAGUCUCUCGCGGCCGACGACCCGCCGCCCGUGCCGCCGCUGCUCGACGAGCGGCGCGCGGCACUAUCAUGCUACGUGCUGACCUCCAAGUUUUCGAUUGCGCUCAAGCGAUGUGAGCCGCUGCGCUGGACGCCGCGCCUGGAAGAGCACCUGUACGAGCUCGAGGCCCAAGCAGAGACGCCCCUCGACCACGUGCUGGUCACGCAGGUGCGUCUGCAGCGCGUCGCCGACCACAUCCACAUGGGCGAGUGGCAGACCAACGACCCAAACUACUUCCUGGACCCAACUAGCGAUGCCCACCGGACGACGGGGCCUGACUGCGGCUUGCUGCCGGCGUAUGUGGCGCGCGUGGUGCGGGCCAAGAUCAACGAGAUCCGCGAAAACAUCCCGCCCGAGGCGCGGCACUACGAGGGCGUGCAGGAUGCACUGCUGGCGUCGGAGAUGAUGGUGAGCGCGGGUGUCGUGCUACCCGUCGUGGCGCCGGUCGCGUCGAUGGCGACCAUUGCCGUUGUCUCGCUGCGCGCGCGCUCCAAACCGGCCACGCAGCCGUUGCAGGCCGACAAGGAAAAGGCGCCGAGUGCUGCGAGCGCUGCGAGCGCUGCAAGUGUGUUGCCGUCGACUGUCAACGUUGCCCGGGUAGCCGCGCUGGAGCGCUGUGUCGAGUCCGUGGCCGCCUUCUGGUCCUUCUUCCGCCAAAUCACCAGUGGCUCGUACGCGGCCUUGCCGUUUGCCUUCUUUGCGCACUUUACGCACUGCGUCGUCUUGCUGUAUGGAUUGUCGGUGAUGGACGAGCCCAACUGGGACCGCGCAGCCGUGCGCGACCGCCUGCACGUCCUCGACAUGCUCGACGGGUUCAUUGCCAAGCUGCGUGACGCGCCGCGUGUCGGUCCUUCCUCGACCGUUACAGGCAUGGAGUCCUACGACGUCUUCAACCGAGCGGCCACGAUGCUUACCUCGGUGCGCGAGCUGUGGGCGUCGGACAUGGGCCGGCCGGACCACUUGGACAAGUCCAAGGCGGCCGCGGCAGCCGCGGCGGCAGCCGUCAUUGUGGGUGACCGGCCGGACCAGGCCCGGGAGCAGGCACAGCAGACUCAGCAGGCCCAGCAGGCCCAUGGUACCGCAGUACCAGCUGCGGUACCCGGCAUGACAAUGCCCGCCGCCGCCGCCGCCGCCGGGCCCAUGACACUGGACGCGCCGCCGCCGCCGUCGGCCGACGGCACGGCGUGGCCGCUGUCGUCGGUUGCCGCGGCCCCAGCGCCUUCGGCCACCGACAUGGCCAUGGGCGAGCCCACGCAGGAUCCGCUGUUGAUGGCGUCCAACGAUGUGUUCUUCACGGACCUGUCGGCCGCGAUGGGCAUUCCCGAGGACUACAUGCUAUGGGACCUCUUCGUGGACAGCAUGCCGCAGGCGCAGUUGUAG